UAACGUGUUAUCUGCCAGUAACGAGCACAACGUGUAAGCUAAGCGUCCUGAACAGCAAGCUUCUCUUGGGCUCCACCUAAGUGCAGGAAAGUUGCCGUGGGACAGCAGAAGCAGUAGGUCGGUAAAGCAGCAUUUUCUGUUGGACCGAAAAGGGAACGUCGCUUUCGAACCAUGAAGGCAUCGUCGGUAACAGGUGCAGUGGGAGUACUGCUCCUCGUCGCAUUAUUUUCCUUUAGUGUCACUGCAGUGGAUAAAGGACAGGAAGCAACAGGUAUUCAAGUUUCCAAUGCAGAGCAAAAUAACCUUUUGGGUCAAGCAGCAAUUACUUCAGCAACCCAAACUGUAACUUCAAACAUGGCUGUUACACCUGCAGGUAUUGCUACAUCAUCGAAUGGAGCCAUUGCUACAUCUGCACAAGGGAAUACUACCACUACUAAUGCUGCAGCUGAGACUACCACUGCAACUACACACGCAGCCAAUUCUACUACGAGUAGCAUAACUACGCAUGCAACAAAUGUUACAACCUCUCCUUCAAAUGAGACAACCGCUACAACUGCACAUACUACCACUGCAACUACACACACAGCCAAUUCUACUACGAGUAGCAUAACUACGCAUGCAACAAAUGUUACAACCUCUCCUUCAAACGAGACAACAGCUACAACUGCAAAUACUACCACUGCAACUACACACACAGCCAAUUCUACUACGAGUAGCAUAACUACGCAUGCAACAAAUGUUACAACCUCUCCUUCAAACAAGACAACAGCUACAACUGCAAAUACUACCACUGCAACUACACACACAGCCAAUUCUACUACGAGUAACAUAACUACGUAUGCACCAAAUGUUACAACAACCUCUCCUUCAAACCAGACAACACCUUCACCAGAACCUACCAUCUCACCACAGCCUUCACAUCCUGAAGUUGGAAAUUAUAGUGUGAAGGAAAAGAAUAACCCUUGCAUCAUGGCACAAAUGGGAACUCAACUGAUUAUCAAUCCCAAUGACAAGAAUAAGGGCUACUUCAACAUUGAUCCUAAAUCUGUUAACGUUAAUGGAAGCUGUGGGAAAAGUCAGUCGAACAUGAAUCUGCUCUUUAAUGGAGGAUAUGUCAAGUUCAUUUUCACUGAGGUAAGAACUUAUUGUUUUUUGUCUGUUUAA